GAACAUGGCGGCGGCGGCGGUCCCGCGGGACACUUUACCUGAGCACUGGUCUUACGGCGUGUGCCAGGACGGCCGCGUUUUCUUUAUCAAUGACCAGCUACGCUGCACAACCUGGCUGCACCCGCGCACCGGGGAGCCGGUCAACUCUGGCCACAUGAUCCGCUCAGACCUGCCCCGCGGCUGGGAAGAGGGCUUCACGGAGGAGGGCGCCAGCUACUUCAUCGACCAUAACCAGCAGACCACAGUGUUUAGGCAUCCUGUGACCGGGCAGUUUUCUCCAGAAAAUAGUGAAUUCAUUCUGCAAGAAGAGCCAAAUCUACAUAUGUCAAAGCAAGAGAGAAACCAAAGACCGUCCAGCAUGGUCAGUGAAACAUCCACAGCUGGAACCACUUCCACCUUAGAGACCAGGCCUGGACCCAAGAUUGUAAAGUCCAGCAAUAAAGUCCACAGCUUUGGGAAGAGGGACCAGGCCAUUCGGAGGAACCUCAAUGUUCCAGCGGUUGUAAGGGGCUGGCUGCACAAACAGGACAGCUCUGGGAUGAGGCUGUGGAAGAGGAGGUGGUUUGUGCUUGCUGAUUACUGCUUGUUUUAUUAUAAAGACAGCCGAGAAGAAGUGGUCCUUGGGAGCAUCCCUCUGCCCAGCUAUGUGGUCUCGCCUGUGGCCCCUGAGGAUCGCAUAAGUCGCAAGUAUUCCUUUAAGGCAGUGCACACGGGGAUGCGAGCACUCAUCUAUAACAGCUCCACAGUGGGCUCUCAGGCCGAGCACUCAGGCAUGAGGACGUACUACUUCAGUGCCGACACCCUAGAGGACAUGAACGCUUGGGUCAGAGCCAUGAACCAGGCUGCACAGGUGCUGUCUCGUUCGUCACUGAAGAGGGACAUGGAGAAGGUGGAGCGGCAGGCAGUCCCCCAGGCCAACCACACAGCGUCCUGUCGCGAGUGUGGCCGUGUGGGACCUGGACACACAAGGGAUUGUCCUCAUCGUGGUCAUGAUGACUCCUUUGGCUUUGAGAGACGGGAGCAGGAAGAAGAACGGUACCAUUCCCAGAGGGACCCACUGGAGGACAAGCAGGACAGGAGCAAGGCCAGGUCCCCAUACUCGCCGGCUGAGGAGGAUGCCUUGUUUGUGGAUUUACCCGGUGGCUCGAGAGGCCAGCAGGCACAGCCCCAGCAUGCAGAGAAGAAUGGCAUGCUGCCAGCCUCAUAUGGUCCAGGAGAGCAGAAUGGGACUAGCGGGUACCAGCGGGCCUUUCCUCCCAGGACCAACCCUGAAAAGCGCAGCCAGAAGAAGAGCAGCCUGGCCCAGGUGGAGCACUGGGCUAAGGCCCAGAAGGGAGACAGCAGGAGCCUUCCCUUGGACCAGACACUUCCUCGCCAGGGUCCUAGCCAGCCCCCAUCCUUCCCAGAAAACUACCAGACUCUUCCCAAGAACACCCGACACCCCUCGGGGAGUUCCCCACCCCCAACCCGCAACCUGCCGAGUGACUACAAGUACGCACAGGACCGAGCCAGCCAUCUGAAGAUGUCAAGUGAGGAGCGCCGGGCACACCGGGACGGCACCGUGUGGCAGCUCUAUGAGUGGCAGCAGCGCCAGCAGUUCCGUCAUGGGAGCCCCACGGCGCCCAUCUGUGCAGGCUCCCCGGAGUUCACUGACCAGGGCCGGAGCAGGAGCAUGCUAGAGGUGCCCCGUUCCAUCUCUGUGCCUCCGUCUCCCUCUGACAUCCCUCCUCCGGGGCCCCCAAAAGCCUUCCCACCCCGGCGGCCACACACGCCAGCUGAGAGGGUUACUGUGAAGCCACCUGACCAGAGGAGGAGCGUGGACAUCUCACUGGGGGGUUCUCCCAGGAAGGCGCGGGGCCACGCCAUCAAGAACUCCUCCCAUGUGGACCGACGCUCCAUGCCCUCCAUGGGUUACAUGACCCACACGGUCAGUGCUCCCAGUUUACAUGGAAAAUCGGCUGAUGAUACCUACCUCCAGCUGAAAAAAGACCUGGAGUAUCUGGACCUAAAGAUGACAGGCCGGGACCUUCUCAAGGAUCGAAGUCUGAAGCCAGUGAAGAUUGCAGAGAGUGACAUUGACGUCAAACUAAGCAUCUUCUGCGAACAAGACAGGAUUCUCCAGGACUCGGAAGACAAGAUACGAGCCCUCAAGGAGAACAAAGACCAGCUAGAGUCCGUGCUGGAGGUCUUGCACAGACAGAUGGAGCAGUACAGAGACCAGCCCCAGCACUUGGAGAAGAUUGCCUACCAGCAGAGAUUGCUGCAGGAGGACCUCGUGCACAUUCGGGCAGAGCUCUCCAGAGAGUCCACUGAGAUGGAAAAUGCCUGGAAUGAAUACCUGAAGUUGGAGAGUGACGUGGAGCAGCUAAGGCAGACCCUACAGGAGCAGCACAGAAGAGCAUUUUUUUUCCAGGAGAAAUCACAGAUACAGAAGGAUCUGUGGAGGAUUGAAGAUGUCAUUGCAGGCCUGAGUGCAAAUAAAGAGAACUUCAGAAUCCUGGUGGAAUCGGUCAAAAAUCCGGAGAGAAAAACAGUGCCUUUAUUUCCUCACCCGCCUGUGCCUUCACUCUCACCUUCUGAGAGCAAGCCGUCCCUGCAGUCCAGCCCUCCGACCAGCCCUGUGCGGACCCCCCUGGAGGUUCGACUCUUCCCCCAGCUGCAAACCUACAUGCCAUACCGACCUCACCCACCCCAGCUGAGGAAAGUGAUGUCCCCCCUUCAGUCACCAACCAAGACGAAGCCCAAAGUUCAGGAAGACGAGGCACCUCCCAGGCCCCCUCUACCCGAACUCUACAGCCCAGAGGACCAGCCCCCGGCUGUGCCGCCUCUGCCAAGGGAGGCCACCAUCAUCCGGCACACUUCUGUAAGGGGCCUCAAGAGACAGUCGGACGAAAGGAAGCGAGACCGGGAGCUCGGCCAGUGUGUGAACGGGGACUCAAAGGUGGAACUCCGAUCGUACGUUAGUGAGCCUGAGCUGGCGACCCUCAGCGGGGACACGGCCCAGCCCUCCCUUGGACUUGUGGGCCCUCAGAGCAGGUACCAGACGCUGCCAGGUAGAGGGCUCUCAGGAUCCACAUCAAGUCUCCAGCAGUCAUCCAGCAUUGCUCCCUAUGUUACGCUGCGUAGGGGUCUAAAUGCCGAAAGCAUCAAGAUGACCUUCCCUAGACCCAAGAGUGCCUUGGAGCGCCUGUACUCAGGGGACCACCAGCGGGGCAAGAUGAGCGCGGAGGAGCAGCUCGAGCGCAUGAAGCGGCACCAGAAGGCCCUGGUCCGUGAGCGCAAGAAGACUCUCAGCCAAGGAGAGAGGAUGGGCCUCCCUUCGUCCCGCUACCUCAGCCAACCUCUCCCUGGAGAUCUUGGCUCAGUAUGUUAGGGUCCAGGCAGGCGGGGCUGGGAGAAGGAACAGAGCUUCCCCUCAAGCUGAGCAGGGCUUCCCCGAUUCCCCCAGACAGAAGCAUGUCCCACUCCCUGGGAGAGUGGGCUGUUGACCUAGUGGUUCAGAGCACAUCCCAUGGGGCUGUUUGCCCAUGGCCUGGGCUGUGUAUGUGACCUGGUCAGAGAGUGACCCAGACAGAGCAGGAGAGAGGAUGUCACAGCAGGAGUCGAGAAGCCCAAGAAAGUAUCCAAAGCCAGUCUUCCGAGCUGAGUUUGAGAGGGGCCUUUGCAGGCAUUCAAAAUCUCAGCUGAAUCAAGGACCUGGGAAUAUAGAGUUUGAGGAGUGGAGGAGGAGGAUGGUGAUAUGAUUUGAUAAGGUGGAACGUAAGCAAACCAACCAGCCUUCCAAACCUCCAAGCCAAUGCCCUGUGGGGGUUACUGGGCAUGACUGGUGUCCCACAACCCUGAGGGCUGGUGGUCUCCCACAGCUUGUGGUGCUAAGAGGCCUCAUGGUGCCCCCAGAGAGCUGGGGAAUCUGUGCUUCCCUCUGGUGGCGCUGCCCAGCACUGUGCCCUGCCCACAGUCACCUUAGGUCCCUUUUGGAAACAUUCCGUUUGACUUUUCCCUGUUGUUUGAAAUCUCACGUUUCCCUAGCUCUCUAGCCUAACUGUUCUUUCCCUAAUUCAUUGCACAAGCUCUCUUGCUUUUAGUGUUGUUGCUCAUUGCCCCUCUAAUCCUGCCUGAUUGUGUUUACAGAAGCUUCUAAUUUGCAUUGAACAUUCUCUAACUGGCCUGUGCUCUUUGUUACCAGGCUUGUAAUAGCCGCUCUUGUCUUAAUAGCUUAGUAAGCACCCCCAGAUGUGACUCACCUUUCCGCUGCCCCCAUCCAUGCAGGCCUACUGACUUAAAAUUCACUUGUCCCGAUCACCGCCUGGCAAAGCUGAGCCGACCCGCUGCCUGAGGACCAUGGUCGUUGGCAGAGGUUUGGGCAUUAAGAAUUUAUCUGAGUCCAUCCUUUGCACCUGGACAGUAGACGUGGACUUUGGAGACUGUACAUUUGAAUAAGUUUUACCAAGUCUGAGGUGGUUCAGUUCCAAUUCCUGUGGUCCCAUUGCACAAUUUCUUAUGGAAAACUUUUGUGUUUCUGGUACUUAAUAACUUGAAUGGAAAGCAAAAUAUGCUAUGUUCUGUAUUCAGAGGGGUUCUCUGCAGCUGUUAGCUCAGACACCAAAGGGGUAAGACCCAAGACACUUAUACCCUUAAAGCUGCAAACCUGGUAACUUUUAAACUUUAUAAGAAAAUGUCAUAUGGGGUAACACUGACCUUUUACAACUUGAUGUCUCAAAAGUAGAAAGAUUAUCUAAAAAUUAUAAUUUCUAUACCUUGUAAUUUUUCUCUUUAAAAACAGACUGGUGUAAGUCUCUGCAUCAACGCCAAUAAAUGUGUUGCUUGAU